AUGCGCAACUGUUCCCUUGACUUAUGUUCAGCUUCACCCCCGGCACAAGGUCAGCAGUACGGUAGGCACAGUCCCAUUGGUGAAAUGACGCAACAGCAACAGCAGCAGUACCACCACCAACACCAACAACAACAGCACAACCAGCAACAGCAACAACAGCACAUGCAGCAGCAACAGCAACACUACCAACAACAACAACAACAACCAAUACACCAACAGCAGCAGAGUAUGAAUGCUUACACACAGCCCCCCCACCAAGCACACAACUACUACCCCAACCACAGCCAGGGUUACCAUAGCAACCAGAGCUCGAAUACCGUUUCUCGGACGAACACAAAUUCUAGUGAAAGCCCGUCUGUGAGUGCCGCGUCUCUAGUUAGUGUAGGCUCGGCACUGAAUGGGAACACCUCCAAUGCCACCCAGGGAUCGGCUGAGGCGGCUGCAGCGCAGAGUGAACAGGCUGAGAUUGUACAUCGCCUGCAGGACCAACUAAAUCAAACUACCGCGAAGCUCAAUGAAACAAUCGAGGAUCUGAACCAGACCACCGAGAAGUACUAUGAGACUACCACCACACUCAAGGAAGUGCAAUUGAAGCAGGAAACUGAACAGGCCGAAAGCAAUGAGAUCAUAAGUAGUCUGAGCUCUGAGAAGUCGUCGUUGGAGGAGCAGAAUUCGAUGGCGAAAGAACACAACACGCAGCAGGAGACGCUUAUGGACUUACUCAGGCAAGACCUGGAGAGAGCUAAGGCGGCUCAGGUUCAGGCACAGGGAUCGGACGAAGGAAGGACGGAACAAUUAUUCUCUGAACUAGAAGCAGCCACCGCCGCACUAUUUACCACCCAGGAUCAACUGGACGAAGUCACAGCCGAAAACACCCGAAUCAAAAGCGAGAGAGAUACGAUCGCACGAGAGCAUGAGGAGAAAGUGCAGCAGAUACAAUCCGACCUUCGCGAAGUGACGGAGACGCUUGGUUCUGAGAACGCUGGACUCAAGAGCCAAUUAUCGGCCGUUCAACAGAGCGCCGAGGCACUCGCCGAAGAAUUGGAACACGCGCGUGGGCAAAUCGGUGAGCUAGAACGUGAGAGUGAAGCCAAAACGCAACGCGAAAAUGAAGAACGGGAAGAUUGGAAACGGCAGCAAAGUGCGGAUGAAAGCGCACGAACACAACACAUGAGUGACGAAUGGGAGGCUACGGCCAGGGUGUACGCAGAGACUGAACGUCAGCUGACACAGGAGAAGGCCGAGUUGGCACGGAGGAUGGUGGCGUUGGAUGAAGAACACGCCACUGAGAUGGCGACCUUACAAUCGCAGCUGGAAUCUGAGCGAUCUGAUUGGCAGAUAAAAAUAGAAUCCGGCGAGCAAGGGAUGGUGAAGGAGCGUUCUGAUUGGUCGAGGGAGAAAGAGACCAUGGCCCACACUCGAGAGGACCUCGAGUUCAGGAUUGCGGAGCUGAACAAACAAGUGGACGCCCUGACGUCUGAGGUCAAAGCGGAGAAGACGACCACCGGCAGACUGGGCAAUGUCGAGCGACUGAUGAGCGAGGAGCUUACGGGCGCACCAGACAACUCAGAGGAUGCGCAUGCAAAGUGUAAGACAGUGAUGAAGCACCUCACUAUGGAGAUUAGCAACAACGAUCAACAACACGAACAAACAGUCGCUGCCCUUGAAAAACAGGUGUCUAUAUUACAACUGGAGGUGUCCGAAAAAAACAAUCUGGUCGCGACCAUCAAUGCGAAUGCCCAGACACUGGCGAAGGUCAACGGAAAGAAGCGCACCCUGACCCAGCAGUUGGAGGAGCUGCAGGACAGAUUCGUUGCCAUGACAACCACCCAGAUGGAUCUGGCCACCGAGAAUGAGUCGCUCAAGUACACCAACACGCAGCUGACCAAUGAGCUGCAAGAAUACAAACGCGAGAUAAACGGCGAGGAGGUCUUGUAUAUUGACCCGAAUUACGUCGACAAACUGAAACGGAGCAACAAUCUUCUGGCAACGCAGAUCAUGACACUACAAAAAGAAAAACAAUCGCUUAAACAGCAAUUGGCCCAAAAGCCCGCGCCUCAACCCGAAACACCCAAUCCUAGUACGGUUGCCAGUCCCCCCCCGGACCAAGAAGCACCCGCAAGUGCACCUGAAGUCGCGAAAAUGGACUCAAACGCACCCAAAACGGCCGACGGACAGAUCGAAGGUGCUGGUGAAGUCAAGACUGAUGGCGACGACAAAGCGCCUGUGACCGCUACUGAUAGUGCGAACGACAUCUCUGGCGAUGCGUCUGUACCAGUCACAGAACCCACGGCGGAAACCACACCAGCAGCGCACGCUCCGCCGGAAACCCAAGAACUCAACGACGCACAGGUAGAGACAAAUAAAGAGGAGCCGAAUGGGGCUGCAGAGAAGCUCCGUGAACUUACGACCCGCAUCGAAGCGCUUGAGGCGGAGAAAUCGGAGUUGGAGAGAAAGUUGGAACAUGAAACGCAAUUGGUAAACCAACUGAACGAGGAGACAGCAACCAUUCCCACAUACAUCUCCUUGUUUCAUCAGCAACGGAAAGCACUGCAGGACUCCUACAGCGAGAAGGAUGCGGAGCUUACCAGGCUGUCGCAGUUGUUGAUCGCAAAUGGCGUCAAGUUUGAAUCAAUGUCGGCCACUAAGGGGACGACUACAGCGCAUUCUGUGCCCAGCAAAGACACGCAGAAGGUACCUAUAGGAAUACAACACGUAGUACCUAUAUAA